AUGUCGAGCACUAAAAAGAAUACUGAAGCUUUGAAAGAGCACAAAAUCAUUCCAGACGUGCUCAGCGACAAUGUGAAACCAGCAUACUCCCUGACGCUAAACUGGCCCAACACAACGCUGGAGUCGCCCGCUCAGGAAUUGGGUGGCGAGGAGACGCAGCCUCAACCAUUAGUAUAUCUGAACUCUGCAUGGCUGGUUACCAAUGUAUCCACAACGUCAGAGGGCUACCUCGCCAUCCCCAAAAAAGCCAACGUGCCACCAUACGUCGGGCCAGCACCGCAGCCAAACUAUGUGUCGCCUCGCCCCCAUCGCUAUUGUUUUAUCCUAGCUCAGGGCUAUGGAGACGUUCACGUCACGCCCGAGGAUUUGCGGGAGCUGCAGAAGCCGUACAUAGCCGCGAUGGAAGGAAAGUAGCAGGAGGCGCAGGAUUUGAAGGAUCGCUGGGGUUUAAACGCACAGAAGUUCAUUGACAACAACGGACUCAAGUUUGAGGCUGCCACGUUUAUGCGUGUGUGGGACACACUGAAGAGCGCGGCUGCCAAUAUGGCUCUCACGGGGCAGGCUUUAGUUGAUCAUGCG